CAGACGGGCGCGGAGAGGCAAUGAGCCUGACUGCAUAAACCACGGGGUGGCUUGUUUCUCAAUACAUCAACGCUCGUUUUAGGUAUACAGUAAGAGACAUCCACUCGUUUCUUUGCGUCUCUGUCGUUUUUUUUCCUGUAUUUCUUCAAUACGAACGACGCCAUCAUUACUUUACUAUCGCUCUUUGAAAUUGCUUGCUUGACGACCCCACCGGAAACUGUCAUUCGCUACGCCAAUACGACCCUUGCUGUCGUACCCAGUCUUUUUUGCUCCUCUAGAACAAACAAACGAGGAGAUCCAAUCUCCUCAACCAGCAGUGGCCUCGUAUCCCUGCCCCCUGCCGUUCCGCCUCCCGCCUUCCGCCGUCCGCUCUGCCGAAGCCCAUCAACAUUUCGCGAGCGAUCUUUAAUCGGUGACGACGACGACAUCCACGAUUCUUGUCCGUUUGGCGAUACCCGCGCACUGCUUGAUCACCCGCGGCAUCCGUCCAACAAGUUCGAUCACUCUUAAUUGAGCUUCGACAUUUCGAUAAGCGUCCUCCUGGCCCCGUUGCGGCCGACCGAUCACGAUCAAUCGAACCAGACCCCACGAAUUGCAUUCUCCCCUCGCCCGUCGGGCGAACUGCUUCAGCGUCGUGACGCGACCGAGCGCGCGCUUGUUUACAUUUUACAUCCGAUCUCAAGCGAGUCUCCCAGACAACAACAGCAACACCGAGUGAAACGGAGAGGAGACCGCCAAGAUGCCUGGAUUCGGAGACUUCACGAGCCUGUGCCAAAUGGCACCGUUGCCGCUAUGUUCAAACGUCGGCAAAGUCAACAAUAUAAUCGGGAUUGAGCCCAACUGCUACGCACGCAGCAUUGAGUUGGCAAACACAAUCAUCUUCCAGGGUGCGGCAAGCGCCAUGCACAUUGUUGCGCUCUGCAUGACCGUUGUCAUGGUUCUGCACGUCCGUGGAAAGUUUACUGCUGUUGGCCGAAAGGAGAUUCUUAACUUCUUUUACUUUUACAUGCUUCUGACUUUUAUCUCGCUCUGUGUCGAUGCUGGUGUGGUGCCACCCGGCUCAGGGCCGUACCCGUACUUCGUCUCGGUCCAGAACGGUCUCACAUCGUCGCUUGUUACAUGCCUGCUGAUCAACGGUUUUGUUGGGUUCCAACUGUACGAGGAUGGCACGCCGUUGUCGUUGUGGAUGAUGCGCAUCUGCUCGAUCGUUGCUUUUGCCAUCACCUUUCUCGUGUCUCUCGCGACAUUCAAGAGCUGGGUUGGCCUGAGCCCCUCCAACACCAUCGGCUUGUUCGUGGUUUUGUAUCUCCUCAAUGCCGUGCAACUCUUUGUCUACGUCGUACUGCAGGUUAUGCUCGUGGUGCGCACUCUCCAUGAACGCUGGCCUCUUGGAGACAUCGCUUUUGGCGUCUUCUUCUUCGUUCUCGGACAGGUCAUCCUAUAUGCAUUGAGCACGCCUAUAUGUGAGGCUGUCAGCCACUACAUGGAUGGAUUAUUCUUCGCCACGACUUGCAACUUGUUGGGUGUUAUGAUGGUUUACAAGUACUGGGAUUCUAUCACGAAGGAAGACCUUGAGUUCUCAGUUGGAACUAGAAUGAACAACUGGGAGGUUAAGGAACUACUGCCCGAGGAGGACAGGAGACAGACCAUCUACACCGAAGACCCAUACGGCCAAUCUAGUGGGUAUGACCACCCUUACUCGCCAAACACAGCGGCGCGCCCUUAUUCGAAAUACUAGAGGAAUUCUGCCGAGUCUCGCCAGCCGCGAAGGUUGUCUGGGUCUUCUUGGAAGGAUUCAACAUUAGGAGCGAUAUCCCCUCUACCAUAUCAGUCAUUGGAUGGAGCCCUGCGAGAGGCAAAGGAUGAAGUGUGAGCCUGGUCCUGGGAUGGUUUUUGCAUUAGCGGUUCACCGGGGUUUAGGCGUUAAUAUUGAUUUCGCUGUCACGACUCAUUUUACGUUUCUUGCCUCUAGAGGGCCUUCCCUUGCGGAUUUGAUUUUAUCCUGUUCUAAUAGAUGCACAAUCCCGCUAGGAUAAGGGGCUAUUGGUGUCGGCCCAAAACAGAUGCAAUCGGCGACGCGCAAUGAACUUGGCGAUGGGUUGGAUUACUUAAUCAUACAGGAAAACGCAAAUGACGCGGGGUAGAUGACUUAUAGGUAGUGCUUAGCUUGUUAGAAAGGUAUAUAGCAGAAAAAAAAGGAUGUUUGAUGCA